GUUAUUUACUCGUGUCUCGUGUUCGGUGUUUGUUCGCGCCGGAAACUAUCGUAGUAUUGUGGGCAUGUGCCAGUGCGCGUUUAACGUUUAAUGGUUCACGGUGUUAGUAGUAUUGCUACUAGUGUGCACGAUACAUCAUAGGUGUGAUAAUUUUAUAAUUAACGGAUAGUUGUUGUGGUUAACGCCGGCAUAAUAGUAUUAUAUUUAAGUGGGUACACGAACACCACCGCAGCAAACGUCAACGUUAUGGAUACGCCGGGACGCUCGUCAAGAAAAUACUAAUGAAAGAAAAACUAAAGGUUCAAUAAUUACAGAAAAAUGAAGAAUGUUGUUUGGAUUUUUUUAAUACACACUUUAGUAUUUAAUCUAUUCACGGUUACUUAUUGUAUUAAAAAUAAAGAAGAAUUAAACGUUAACCUGAAAUUGUCUAACUCUUCUACUCGUGGAACAUCUGAUAACCAUGAACUUGAUGCCGAACAGAUAAGUAACGAUAACGAUGAUUUUGAACUUGAAGAAACUAUUGAUGAAGCUUCCUCAGAAAUUGUUGAAAGUCAAGUGCCAUUUCCGACAAAUAAACCUGAUGAAAUUGAAUCUGAAGUCCUAGUAAGGAAGCCUCGUCGUAAAAGACGACGUCGAAGAAAACGUCCGAGGACAUCGACGCACACUUACGAGGAAAAUAUAAAUCAUCCUGUAGUAUGGAAUCAGGAACCGCCAGAGCCAGACUAUGCAGAAGGAUAUAUUCGACGACGGCCAAUUAAGAGACGAAGGCGACCAUUACAAAGAAGGCCAUUAAUUGAAGGGGGUGGCAUUGCAGAAGAAGAAAAUAUUUUACCACGAAGAAAACUUAUCCGCAGGCCAGCUGAUUCUGGUAAUAAAGUUAGCAAUGAAGAUGUAAAACGAUGGGAACCAAUAACCUCAACCGAAGAAGGUAAAUGGAAAAUAGUCACGACAACAGAAACCACAAAUACAAUUUCAACAGUAACGCCUAAAUCUACUUCUAUUGCAACUACAACGACUAACACACCAAAAACAUCUACGGUUUCACCAACAUUAUCAACACAUAAAUUACCUGACGAUAAUAUCAAGAUUAACCAUAGAGACAUUGGAUUAUUGAAAAAAUCAAAUUCAUCGCGAGCCGACAUUAUAGUAUUGCAUAAAAGACCGAUAAAUAGUAACUUGCCACCAACGUCUGCAGUGAUAAGACGUCGUCUUAAACCACAAAAUAUGACUAUUGAAGAAAUAACAACAGUUAAACCGAAAAUUACAGUAAUAAAAGAAGAACUACCUUUAUCAUUACUUCCCCCAGACUUCAAAAUGACAAAUAACGAACCACCUAAAGAAUCUAAAAAUAGCACGGAUGAUUAUCAAUUCAAUGACGAAGCACUAACGAAAAUGAUGAAAGAGCAGCCAAAUAAUAACAACGACGAAUACAAAUUCAAAUCCGAUAGCAUACCUAAGGUCAAAGACGAAAUAUUAAGUUUAUUAAAAACUAAAACUGGAUCAUCGUUAUUAUCAAAUGUACUAAAUCUUAGAAACAUGACUUUAGAAGAACUUUUACAACACAGAGAACGAGGAUCAAGUCAACGGCAUCAAGAAUUUAUAGACACAAAAGAAGAAUUGGUAGACAUAAGUGCCGAUGAGCCAAUAGUAUCAGAAAAUACUAAAAAUUUCACUAACUAUUUAAUAGAAACAAAACGUUUAGCGCAAAAUAACAAAAUUACAUUACAAGCGGAAAAAUUAAAUGACUCCGAACAAACUAAAGAUAAAAACAAAGAGUUAACAACACAAAUAUCAACGAUACCUACAAAUUUAGAUGAAGAAAAUCAUGACAAUAUAUAUAAAAAUACAACUAAUGAACCAAAAUCAAAACUCACACAAGAGAAACAAAUUGAUGAUAUUAAAUCGUCAAUUCAAAUUGACGAAAAAACGCUUGACCACGAAGUCGCAAACUUCUCUAAACCACCAAUAAACAAUGAGCAUUUAAAUAAUUUGAAAGUUGAUCAAGAAGCGGAAAUUGGUAAAAUUCAAUUGGAUACGAUUUUUGAGGAGAAAAAAGUAUUUAGUUUUCCGACAACGACUACAUAUACAACAACAAAUGUUAAAAACCCCGAGAAUGAAGGAACUUCAUUUGUUUCAAAAACCCCAAAAACUCGAAUCAUUAUUGAAACAUCUGAAAGAGAACCGCGUCUUUUUGAUAGCAUGCCAGAUUUCACUAUAAAAACUACCCAAAGGCCUCUUAUAGCACCGACUAUUCCUUCACAGGUAUUAUUCAUUCAAGACACAAAUCAUUUAGAUAAAUAUCAAAGUUAUUCAGAGAAAAAUAAAGACAUAGACGAGGAAAAUAAUUUGGUAUACCGUCGUUUUGAAAUGAGAAAGUUACCAGUAGCUGUUAAAUCGGCUAUCAUAGCUAGUGCUGCAAUAUUGGCAAUAGCAGUCUUAGGCUUUUUCGUGUUGCUCAUAUCAUGUAGAAUGAGGCAAAAAAAACGGGUUAUAAGAAAAAAAUCUGUGUUUUGCCCACAUAAUCUACAUCAUGACCCAGAUCUUAGGUCUAGCGCUCGUAGUACAAGUCCUGUCAUGGAUAAACAUUGCGAGGAUCAAUACUAUGAUGGAUAUGGAGGACGUAUCGAUGCUCACACAACUGCAGUUAAUCGUCAAUAUUACCUGUGGAGAACAUUGAGGAAAACAUUCCGUUAUGACUGAUCAAUGUUACAGUUGUUCAAUGUUCGUAUCUUGGACAAAGUUUAAAUUAUUUUUUAUAUUGUUAAAUUUAUACUAUUAAAACAAAUACGCAAUUUAAAAUAAAUGAUACAUUAUUUUGUUUUUAAUCAAUAAAAAUAAUCUCA